GAAAAACCGAGUGGAGAAGUUGGAAUGUCAUUAUGGAUCAGCCAUUCCUGCCAAGGCACUGCAGGCCCUGCAGCGGGACGGCUUCGUAACCCACGAUGGCGGCUGUAUGGAUGACGUGUACGAGAAGCCGAUGGCCGAGGAGCACUCUGCUGUGUUUAACUCAUCGAGUUUGCCCUGGACUUCUUCCAUGUACCAGUCUCCAUCAGAGCCCUGGUAGCCAAGUACUUUGGAGACCUCCAGUUGUGCUGCACUCAUCAGGACUUCACAACAGGCUGGCAACAGCUGGAAGUAGGCAUCGCCAUGGGAUGUUCAAUCUCGCCCAUCCUGUUCGUUGCAGCCUUCGAGAUCAUCCUCAUAGGGUCUAGGAAGAUGGUCGGAGGAGUGAAACUGCCUUCCGGAAAGAGGCUACCAUCAGUGAGAGGCUACAUGGAUGAUAUCACCACCAUACUUCAGACAGCAGCCUGUACAACAAGACUGCUGAAGAGGAUCGACGAGCUUGAGGGGUGGGCGAGGAUGAAGAUCAAACCCUCCAAAUCACGUAGUCUGUCGAUCAGGAAAGGAGUCAGAAGUGACAACACAGUCUUUGUCGCAGGCGGUGAGAACAUCCCAUUGCUGGCAGAUCAACCUCUUCGUAGCCUGGGUCGCACCUACACAGCAGAGCUCUCUGACAGGCAGAUGGAGGAGACGGUGAGGAAGCAGCUUGCAGAUGGCCCGGCCAAGAUCAACCAAAGCCAACUCCCUAGGAAGUACAAAGUAUGGUGUUACCAGUUCAUUCUGUACCCAAAGGUGAUGUGGCCACUGAAGAUGAGCGAAAUCCCCUCCUCAGUGGUAAGCAAGAUGGAUGGACUGGCAAACUCGUUCAUCAGAAAGUGGCUGGGACUACCAAGGUGCCUCUCAGACGUAGGCUUCUUUGGUAGGAACUCGCUUCAACUACCACUGCGAUCCAUCAGCCUGGGAUACAAGCAAGAGAAGGCUCGGCUGGUGCUGGAGCUGAGGGAAUCCACUGACCAGCUGGUGAGAGCAGCGGGCACCCAGAUAAGAAUAGGGAGAAAGUGGAAAGCCCAAGUAGAGGUCGACACGGCAAUCUGCAGGCUGAAGCACCGUGAAGUGGUCGGCAGAGUUCAGGAAGGCAGAGCAAGCCUUGGUAGUGGCAAAGCUCCCUUGUUCUGGUCAAAAGCUUCCAAAAAAGACCGGCGCGCCAUGGUGGUGGCAGAAGUGGCAAGAACUGAGCAGGAACGCCUAAACAUCAAAGCAGUGUCCCAGGGCCAGCAAGGUCAUUGGACAUCGUGGGAAGGUCUCACAGACAGGUCGAUGUCCUGGUCUGACCUGUGGAAGAUCCCCCAAGCCAGGCUCAGCUUCCUGAUCAGAGCAACUUACGACACCUUGCCUUGUCCCCGAAACCUCCACCAAUGGUUUGGUGCCUAGGAGACCUGUCCCCUCUGCAACACCAUCAAUGCAAACCUCCAGCACAUCCUGUCAGGCUGCAUGACAGCGUUAUCGCAAGGCCACUAUAGAUGGCGACACGACCAUGUCUUGAGGAAGCUGGCAGAGGUGUCAGAGACCUGCAGAAAGGAGGCGAAUAGCAGACCUUCCGUUCCAACCAAACAUCGGAUCCAGUUCGCAAGGGCUGGAGAGGUUGCCAAACCCCCCACCAGAGAUCUACAGCGAGACUUCUCUCACCAGGAAAUGAGUGGAGCAUGAGGGUUGACCUGGGGAAGCAGCUCCAGUUCCCCAGGGAGAUCGUCGAAACAUCGCUACGGCCAGACCUGGUCUUCUGGUCAGAGGCUUGCAAGAUGGUUCUUCUGGUCGAGCUCACUGUCCCAUGGGAGGGAGGGUUGGAGGCUGCUUAUGAGCGGAAGCGAGCCAAGUACUCUGACCUGGCAGCAGAGUGCAGGGAGGCUGGCUGGAAAGCCAUCAUCUGGCCUGUGGAAGUGGGGUGUAGGGGCUUCGUUGGUUCCUCAACUGCCCGCCUUCUCCGAGACAUUGGAUGCACAGGAGCGGGGCAUCGGAAAGCCAUGAAAGAGCUGGCGGAGGAGGCGGACAAAGGCAGCUUCUGGCUGUGGCUAAGGAGGAACAAUAAAAGUUGGGGUGCAAACACCGAGGGCAUCAGCAGGGGGUGGGAGAGAGACAUCCCUGCCAUCGCUCCGCCACCAUGAGAUGUUCUGGGGUUAAAGGAGCGAAACGUUAAUGAAUGGUGGUCCCCAGCUGAUGUCCCAUUUAUGCCCACUGAGGUGUUCAGUGGGGUGUCACAGCACACCUGUCAAAGGCACUGGAGGAGCUGCAGCGUCUUGAGGACAAACAGAAAGAGACGUACCGCCGCAUGUUGGAGCAGCUGCUGCUGGCCGAGAAAUGGCAUCGCCGCACCGUCAUGGAGCUUGACAGCGAAAAGUGCAAGCACGCCGACUUCAUCAACAAAAGUGACGACUUCACCAACCUGUUGGAACAGGAGAGAGGGAGGCUCAAAAACCUGCUAGAGCAGGAAAAGGCUUAUCAAACUCGUAAGGAAAAAGAGCACAGCAGGCGCCUGGAGAUGAUCAGUGCGGAGUUGGUCAAGCUCAAGUCAUUCGCCCUCAUGUUGGUGGACGAGCGGCAGCUCCACAUGGAGCAGCUGGCCCUGCAGAGCCAGAAGGUCCAAGAGCUUGCUCAGAAGUCAAAAGAAAAAGAGCAGCGGUUGGCAGCAGUCACUGACGCUGCCAACAAAGACAGCCAGAAGGUCCUCAAGCUUAAGGCCGAAUUGGAGCACAGAGUGGCCACAUCUAAACUGGAGCAUGAGGAGAUGGCCGCUAAACUUUCCAACCAAGAGUCACAAAGUCGACAUCUGCGAUUGAGGCUAGCUGGACUUGAGGGCAAGAUUGAAGAGCUGGAGGAAAGCAACAAGCUUCUGCAGAAAUCUGAGGAAGAGUUGCAGGAGCUGAGAGAAAAGAUCAGCAAAGGUGAGUGUGGGAGUUCCUCCCUUAUGGCUGAGCUGGAAACUCUCCAGAAGAAGGUGCUGGAGAUAGAAGGUAAAGAUGAAGAGAUAACCAAGAUGGAGACUCAGUGCAGGGAGCUUCAAAAGAGGCUGCAGGAUGAGGUGAAUGUCAGCAAGGAGCUAAGGCUAGAAGUGGACAAGCUGCACAAGAGAAUGGUUGACUUAAAGAAACUUGAAGGUGCUUUUGGCACGAGCCAGACAGAUUGUUCCAUUCUCCGCACAAACCUGGAGAAAGAGAAACAUGUUGUGACAGAAUUGGCCAACGAGCUGGAGAGGAUAAAGGAACGACUUAAAGAACUGGAGUCUGCGGAGGCAAAGUUUGGGAAAGCAGAGAUGAUCCUUAAAGAUGAUCUCAUGAAGCUCAAGUCCUUCACUGUCAUUUUGGCAGAUGAAAGGAAAAAUAUGGCGAACAAAUUGAAACAGGAAGAGCAGAAAAGUAAAGAUUUAAGUACAAAAUACAAAGCAGAGCAAUGUAAAGUUAUGGAGGUCACAGAGAAGCUGAUUGAAGAGAGCAAAAAACUUCUCAAAGUCAAAUCUGAGAUGGAGCUCAAAGUAACAAGUAUGACAGAGGAGAAAGACAAAUUAACAAGUAAACUGACAAGCGAGGAGGAGAGAUGUCGGCAGCUCAACAGGAAGUUGUGUGGGAUGAAAAAAACAAUGGACAAGCUGGAGGAGACGGAGAGGGCAAGGACAAAUAAACAAUUGGAUGAUGAUAACAGAAUAAAAGAGCUAACACUAGAAGUUGGCAGCCUCAGAAGCCGCCUCAUGCUACUGGAGGAUGUACAGGGUGAUUUAAUGAAGACCGAGGAUGAAUAUGACCUGCUGGAAAAAAAGUUAAGGUCUGAACAGGACAAAGCCAACUCCCUCUCCAAACUUGUAGAAGAAAUGAAAAGUCAAAUGGUCAGGAGCAAAGCUGUAGACAAAGGAGCAGUCACGGGUUCGGAGGUCGAGCUAAGAAUGCGUUGCAAAAAGGAAGAGGCAAAGAGUAGAGAUUUAGAAGUGGAUAUUCAGGCCUUGAAAGAGAAGAUCCAUGAGCUGAUGACCAAAGAAGAUCAGCUUGCCCAGCUGCAGGUAGAUUAUUCCAUCCUUCAGCAAAGGUUACUGGAGGAGCAGGAAAGGAGAAAGAGUACUAGUCAAGAAGUGACCAACCUCAGCCAGGAACUGGAAGCCAACAGGAGAUAUGGUCGUGCCUUGAGGCCCGGAAUGAAUGGAAGGAGGAUGGUGGACGCUGCACUUACGUCCACGGCUGUGCAGACUGACGUGUUGGCCAGUGAGUCUGUUGAUGAUGACACAGCGGCAGGCUUCAUCCGAAAGUCAGUCCUGGAAGAGAAACACCUCAUGAACAAUCUAAGGCAGCAGGGUCUUAAACAGCCCAGCGUUCUAGAACGUUACCCACCAGCGUUGGCAGAAGCUCAGGCCAGGAGGUCCUGGACACCGUGGAUGAAGAAGAGAGAGGCCAUCCCUGUCAAGAGCACCACUCCCGAGAGGGUAAUAUUUCCCUCUACUGUGGUGUCCACAUCCCAAAAGUCAGGCCAGCCGCUUCACAUUCGGGUAACCCCUGACCCUACCAACAGUAUCGCCACCUUGGAGAUCACCAGGCCACGACCUGAGGACUCCUUCUCCCGUACCACCAUCAUCCCAGCUCUUGGCCUUCAGAAACCUGGCAUAACCAUCUUUCCAAAGGCUACAGGUGUGACGGCAGAAACCAAAGCCUGCGACAUGCCUGAUCGGGCCAUGUCACCGGUUACUAUAACAACAAUUUCUAGAGCAAAAAGUCCUAACAAAAGUAAUUCUGAGGAUCGCCAGCCAGCGGUGUCCAUCAUUACAGUCAGCACAAGCCCCUUAACAGAAGCACAUGCUUCACCAGAAGGUUGUGGAAUGACCUCGGGCACCGCGUCGGUCAGAAAUUACAACAACAUUGUGACAACAGAGGACAAAAAAAUUCACAUCCAUCUGAGGCCCUUGGACAACCGUGUGAUUCCUAUGGGGACAGUCGUGCGCUCCCCCCACCAACCCUCAAGUGGGAGCAAAAUGACCAGCAGUUUAACCAUCACACCUGUCACCACGGCAACGUGCAGGCCAACACAGUCUGCGCCUGCUUGGGAGCUUCAGUCAACUCGGGCUACCACUACAUGCCUCCCAUUGUCAAAGGCUUUGACAGUCAGUAGCAAAGUGCCAGGAGUCUCCACGGCAGCGAGGUCAGAGUCACGUGAGAGUCAUCUACUGAAAAUCAAAGUGAGGAAGGAGCCUUCUGCACAUGGAGGUUUGCAGGGACACUGUUUGAUGACGAUUUCCUAAUAAAAAUCUAUACAAUUUUUACAACAA